CUUCUACCUUCUGACAGAUGCUCAGCUUCUCGAUGGAACUUUCCUCGGUCACCAUUCCAUGAUGGCCUUCUUUAAAAAUGCCCAGGAGACGGGCUCACCUUCUCUUCUCGCCAGCGUCUGGCAUACUGUUGAGGUGACGUUUCUUUCCAGCUACACCAAUGUGCUCUUAAUAUUUGUAUUUCUGGGGAUACUGUCCGGCUCCCAAGAAUGGAAUCCCUCCGCCGUGUUUGUCCUGAAUUUCCUGGCCAUCUUCCCGCUGGCCUCGUUGUUGUCCUUUGCGACCGAGGAAUUGGCUAAAAGCGUCGGCCAGACGGUGGGAGGUUUGAUCAAUGCGUCUUUUGGCAAUGCCAUCGAAAUGAUCGUUGGAAUCACAGCCGUGAGUCAAGGAGAGAUCCAUAUGGUUCAAUCUUCGAUGGUUGGCUCAAUCCUGUCUGGCACUCUGCUGGUUCUGGGCUGCUGCUUCUUCGCCAGCGGCUAUGAUAAAGAGACAGUUCACUUUAAUGUGGAUGUGACGGGGAUCAUGUCGUCUUUGAUGAUAGUGUCAUCCUCCGCGCUCAUUAUCCCGUCAACCUUGUACUCCACGGCCCUUUACGCUGCUCCUGGUGGAAACGAGUAUAUUCUCCAUCUGUCGCAUAUCACUGCUGCCUUCUUACUGCUCUUCUAUUUUGUCUAUCUUUACUUCCAACUCAGCAGCCACUCUCACCUCUUCAGUAGCACCGAGGACGAGGAAGAAGAGGAGGAGCGCCAGCUAGGACCCCUCGCAGCUAGUCUCAUCCUGAUUGCCGCUACGCUGGGAGUGACUGUCUGCUCCGACUACUUGGUAGAAGGGGUAGACGGCUUCGUUGAAGCUUAUGGGGUAAGCAGGGCAUUCUUGGGCCUGAUUGUUGUGCCGAUUGUGGGCAACGCCGGUGAGUUUGCAACUACCGUCAAAGCAGCAAAGGAAGGGAAGGUGGAUCUGGCCAUUGGUGUGAUUGUGGGCAGCACGCUUCAAAUUGCAUUAUUCGUCACGCCGUUCUUGGUAUUGUAUGGAUGGGCUCUGGGUCAACCGAUGUCCUUGCGUUUCAACUCGUUUGAAACCGCCUGUUUCUCGCUGGCGGUGGUGGUGAUGAAUUGCCUAAUUCGGGAGGGUCGGUCGAAUUAUUUUGCAGGUGUCUUGUUAUGUGGAACGUACUUGAUUAUUGCGAUCGCCUUUUAUGUCCACCCAGACAUCGUCGUUCCUGGAGAGUAAACUCCCUGACAUCAGGUAUGGUAUCGGGUGGCCCGUCUACACAGGGAUAUGACACGUCAGCGGACGAUCUAUCAAUAUUUAUGUUAUAGAGUUGUUAUACCAAUACACCGUCUCUUAACGCGAUCAUUAUUCGACAUGUUGAAUACUUCUCUUGCCUUUAGGAAGGAAAUCCGACGGGCAAGGCAUGCUGCCGAGUAAUUUAGGCAGAAAUUACAGGCCAGCCAAGCGGGGAGGCCGAAGAUUACCGGCGGGGGUUACGCGGCUGCCAGUUUGCCCGUAUCAUCAAAACCAGCCAAUACGAG